GUCAUCGCGCCGCUCCUUCUGCUGCCGGCAGAGUGAACGUGAGGAAGAGCAGAAGAAAGCAGAAGUGUAACAAACGCUGAAACGAGCGCAGGUCGUUUUUUAUGAGAUAGAAUCACAGCCGAGAAGAAGAAACGCUCCCAGUACGAGAACCGCGACAGAAAACCGCCUGCAGGUGACCGACGAUGGCUGUGAACGUGUACUCGACCUCAGUGACCAGCGACAACUUAAGUCGCCAUGACAUGCUCGUUUGGAUCAACGAGUCUCUACAGAUGAACCUCACCAAGAUAGAAAUGCUGUGCUCAGGUGCUGUUUACUGCCAGUUCAUGGACAUGCUGUUUCCCAACUCUGUGCCUUUGAAGAAAGUGAAAUUCGGUGCCAAGCUCGAGCACGAAUACAUCCACAACUUCAAGCUUCUGCAGGUGGCCUUCAAAAAGAUGGGAGUUGACAAAAUCAUUCCGGUGGACAAACUGGUGAAGGGGAAGUUCCAGGACAACUUUGAGUUCGUGCAGUGGUUCAAGAAGUUCUUCGACGCCAACUACGAUGGGAAGGAGUAUGACCCGGUGGAGGCGAGACAGGGACAAGAUGCCGUGCCCACCCCCAACCCCGCCACAUCAGCCCUCAACAAACCCCCCAAAAAGUCUCUCAAUCAAGCGCCUCAGAGGCCACCUGUGGCUAAGGUUGCUCCCAAAAUGGCUCCGGUCAGUGCGAAGAAGGCGGGGACGGGAGGAAAUGAUGAGGAGGUGGCAGAGCUCGUUAAUGAGAUGGAGAUGCUGAAAUCCACCAUUCAGGACAUGGAGAAGGAGAGAGACUUUUAUUUUGGAAAGCUGAGGAACAUUGAGCUGAUCUGCCAGGAGAAGGAAGGAGAGGGCGACCCGACGCUGCAGAGGAUCAUAGACAUCCUCUAUGCCACAGAUGAGGGCUUCGUCAUACCGGAUGCCGAGGAGCAGGAGGAGUUUUAAUAUUCAAGACUGCAAGCAACUUUUCUCUUAGACGUCCUUGUCCACAAACCCGCCUCCAAAUCCCCGAUCAAGCCGAGACUCUUUGGUUUUAAUCUCCAGCACCAAACCCAAUCUCAGCUUGUAACCCCCCCCCCCCCUCCCCAAAACAUACCUGCUGGACUUCUUCUUCUUCCUCUUCUUCUUCCUCUUCUUCUUCUUCUUCUUCUUCUAGCCUUCGACCAACAUCUUUUACCACGAAGCCUCGGUCACCACCUCUCUCCUGUUCCUCCAUCUUUCUCAGAGCCGGAUGGUGCCAACAAACAUAUCUGGUGUUUAAUGAACUUUGAGUUUGUGUGUGUGUGUGUGUGUGCGUGUGUGAGAAACAUAAUGUAGAGACCCUCCUCUGCAGACCUGGCUGACUUGCCAAACUAACCCCGACACGUUGCCGUGGAGGAGCAAAGCUGUGGAGGGCGUUUGGUGCCGGCAGCCCUGAUUCGUCUCCUGUAGCCGGCUCAGCUGAAGGGCUCCGGGUCAGUCGGGUCCUCUGUUGGCCUUUUUCCACCAUCUCUAUUUGAGCUGAGCUUUUGUACAUGGAUGCUACUGUUGGUCACGUUUCCCGCCUCAUGUGUGCUUGUUGGCCUUUUUCUGGCGCCUGCCGUUCACCUUUUAUAUCGUUUGUUUCUGUUCAGCUGGAGUUUCUGUCACUAACCGAUCGCUCGUUUUCCCGCCUCGGCAGUUUGUUUGUUUUCCACACUGAAGUUUCUCCUCGUAGCAGAUUGGACUCCUUUUUCACACGUCAGGUUUCCUAAAAUGUGCAGUCCUAAACUUCAGGCUUUUUCUUUGAGACUUUUGCAGGAGGCAGCCUUCUGACCAACAUGAUGUUCAGUAAAAAGUGGGGAGGAAAAAAAACAGUUUUGUAUGUUUUUUCUUUUUUGCUCUGUUUUCUGCCGGCGGCCCUUAAUCACGAUGUAAAUCCAGACAAACACUGUGAGGGGAAACCUGACUCUGAUUCUCCUGAAGCUGGUCGGCAGCUGGAGGUGAAUGCAGACGGGUGUGUCUUUGUAAAACGAGUCUGAGAACAAAGUGAGAGGACAGAGUGCUGCAGCGCUGAAAACAUGUUUACUCAGUCGGAGGUUUUGGCUCCUGAGGUGAGCUCGCGGUUUAAAACGAGCUUUUUUUUUCUCACGUUUGGCUCUCUGACACAAAAUGGCCGUCAUGUAGCACCUGAAUGCUGUGCGCACAGUUCAGAAGUGUGUCAGUGUGUAAAUCCAAACAGAGAAGCCCUUCGUGCACCUCCACCUCAGGCUGGUACGGCGUGUCAUUGACUCCGCCCCUCUGAUGCUCCCCGCUGUCACGUUGAAGGUUUGACUGGUGGAGCCUCUCUGUAAGAAGAGAGUCACCUCUUCGCUCUUUCUCUGCCUUUGAAACGAAGGGAAGACUGAAACCUGAUUUCCUCUUCGACCUCUAACCUCCCCUCACAGGCUCACAGAUGUUUGGGAUCUGUCUGCGGAACGCUGUUCGGAAAACUUGGGUUCGUGGCGUUCCUCUUACAGUUGUGCCUGCAGCACUCUGCACUCUCACGGAUCUGACUGGAGACCAGCUUCUGAAAUAUUCCACACGAACAACGAUGGAUGGCCUUAUUGAAAGCUUUGUAAACUUUAUUUGUGUGUCUGCGGUUGUGGCUGAAAUAUUUGUCCGGUUGCAGUCGGUUGGAGGUCGUUGUGGAGGAGCGCUUGGCGCUGCUCGCCGCCUGUCUUCCAUCAAACGAGAACUUCCUGUCUGCGGGGACUUCUUGGCUCAGUUUGAUGUAACCGUGCUCGGAGGUGGGGACCGAUUGGUGUUGUAGCUGUGAUUUAGCUCGGAGCCUUUAACAAACACCGCUGUGAGUCAGAGGACUGAGUGCUGAGGCUGCUUUUCCCCUUUCCGUCUCCUGGUCGUUGCCUUCAGUCUGCGUGUUGAUCUUAAGUCAUUUUCAGAUCUCGGUUUUUUCAGAAUGUAUUUUUGCGUCACUCCAAAGCGCGACCGGCGCCCCUGUAUGAGCACAGUCGGCCUUGUGGGGUUGUUUCUGUUGUUUUGUCUUUGCUGCAGCGUGGUGACUGCUGCCGGCUCCUUGAGAUUUGAGGAGGAAAAUGAAGGAAGAGUUUCCUCUGGCCUGCAGAGCUCGUCUGCCUCCUGUUUCGUGUAAUUGGACUAAAACUUCAUCAAAAUCUCUGCAGUGAUGUCUCUCUCUCCAGAAAUCAUGAACCAAUAAAAAAAACUCGCCAACCUUGUUGUGAGCAGUUUCAGGUAGGAACUAUUUUCUUUCUGUCUACAUCUGCCAACCAAAAGAAGCGAGCAGGUUCCGGCUGAGGAAGGGCACCGUGAGCUGCCUCAGGUCGAGGGAUGCUUCCUUCUGCACGGGAAAAAAACGUUCCUACAUGAAACAUCUCACAAGCUGUGCGGAUUUUUGAUUAUUUAUUUAUUUUCUGACAGUCUUGAUUUGUGGAAAGUGAAAUUUCUGCAUUCUUAAAAACACAAAAAUCAAACAGUUUUUAAUUUUUUAUUUUUUGUGCUGUUUAGCUCCAUCAUACUGAAGAGCAGGCAGGUGUGGGUGUGGCCGGCUCACCAUUAAAAAAUGGCCGGAAAGGCCGGUGGGGUAAUAUGUACUCUAUUUUGGCACAUUUGUUUGAAUAAAUUUGACCUCCUGAAACUUUUGUUCAUGUCAGUUUAAAGCUGACCGUCUGUCUUUAAGUUCAGGCUGAUGAUGAUGAUGAUGAUGCAGCGUUUCCCAAACACCUUCUGUUUAAUGUCAGUAAACAUGUAAUAAAUGGCUGUGUUCACUGAGGUGAAGCUGUAAGCAGAUGUGGGGUCCUUUAAGUGUCUGAGUCCAGCUGCUGUCUUUAGUCGGUUCAUCCACACAGGAGGCGUCACAGGUGCCGCGUUGGUGUCAUCAACUGUGUAAAGUCUGCUCUUCCAAACUAGGUUCAAGAAAGCCUCCAAAUUCAAGUAAAAUUCCCAUUCAUCCCAAUUUGUUUGCUCACGUGGACUUUUCUAGGAAUGUCAGCAGCUCAUCCGGAUUCUCCUGAAAUGGUUCACGUGUGAAACAGCUUUUAUUUUUUUUAAUGUUUGUGGUUGUAGAGGAGCUAACGGUGUUUCCAUGCCACCAUUUUGCAGGGAUAUGUUGGCAGUAAGGAGCUGUUUGGGGAACCGGAGCAGAAAGCGAUGUGAACUGAAGGGAUUGUUCCAUAAACGGCAUUAAAUAAGCCCCGCCCUGCUCCCGCUGUGCUCCCGCAGUGACUGUCGCUCUGAUAAAUGUGUGAUGUCAAGCCUUAGUGAAAAAUUGCUUUCUGUUAUGCAAAGUUAGAGGGGAACAGAUGCCCUCCUUUACAAAUGCCACUUUUCCACCUACUUGGUGUCUGUGCCUGAUCCGGGUCCACAGCUGGAACUCCAAUGGGAGGGGCGUGAAAUUCCCCAAUGAUCGUUUUCUUCCCAAAUAAAUUAUCCCAACUUCUGCUGGUACCCCUCCAUUGUGUUUAGUUCCCAGAAGGCACCGAUGUGGUAGAAAAGCGGUACCACUCUUCCACCCAUGUGGUCCCAGUACCCCAUCCAGAACUGGUACUGGGCAUUUUCACCCCAUAAAGAGGCUGGAGCUGGUGCUAAAAAGCUAAGAGCUGAUCCAGGCUGUCCAAUUCGUGGAGAUGAGCCCGGCUUCGGCACAGCAACAUUUGGUUCUCAAACCUUUGGAGAUCCUAGUUCUCAAAAGGCCGCGGGGUACCAGCAUCACGUUGGUGGAAAAGCGGUAAUCGUGGCCUCUUCACUGAACCCAGUGCCAAUGUAACAACCUGCCCGGCAGUCCGUAGUUAGUCUGGGUACGAACUGCCAUCAGAUGUCAGCCAGGACAUAACGGCAGGGUUUUUUGUUUCUUCUUGCUGGAGAGUUUUGGACAAUCGCCUGGUGUUUGGUCUUUGCAGUUUCCGGUGGUGCGUUGACUCCUGUGUGCUUCAAUGACAGUUUGUGUGUUACUGUAGGUGUUAGACUGUGUUUGAUUUUCAUGAAACCGUUGGUGGUUGCUCACACAUUUCAGUGACACUAGGUUUGGAAAUGUUGCAGAAAAUGUCUGAGCAAAGGGAAAUAGUUGCUUUAAAGGUAAUAAUGGUGGUGCUGGACUGACCUCUGACCUUUCUCCCCUGUUAACAGUCAGUGCCGGUAAGGGCGUACACUGGGCCGAUCACCAUCUGAGUCUCUUCUGUCCAGGCUUCUCUCUCGAUGUGUUUGUUAUACUUAAAGUUUCAUACAGACAAUAAAACAGUAUUUCCACGUCAAA